AUGUUUGAGCGUAGGUGGCCUUCUGGGUUGUCUAUCGUUCAGGCAGUGUUAGAGCGCAGGGCUUCUGGCCGAUCUGACACUGGCCCCGUCGAAGCGCAGAGCGACCUUCUGGGUUGUUCUGUCGUGCAAAGGCUUCUGGCCGAUUUCGGCGGAUGGGUUACUCAACCUGCAGGAAAAUGGGAAAAAGACCAUUCGUAUAAACGGAUGCAUGUCAAUUAUCCGUCAUUUACGGAAAAUACUAUAAACAACGGGACUGUCAACGGCAGGACUAUUGUUGCUGGAACCAUGUCAAAGGGAAGAAACAUACGUUCAACUCUUCGUAAUGAUAGAUAA